CUUACAAAUUUAGUACACUGUUCAAAAUUUUAGUUAACACAGCUGACACGGUUGUGCUCUGUUUGAAAGUCUAAGAGUAGAUAUUGUUGGAAUAUCAACAGUUUGUAUUUGUCUGCUGUGAAAAAUAAUAUUGAAAUUUCUAAUGGAGUUUGUAAAAUUUUUAUAGUAAAACAUUUUAAUGACAGUUUAAAAAUUUAUCUUCUCUGAAGGAUGGUCAAAACAGUAUCCUUUCAGAAAUAGAAUUGUUCUUUAAUAUCUUUCCAAAAUGACUUUGGUUAAAUGGACCAGAUGUGUAUUAAGUUAAAAUUUAGGACAAAGUUGUCAUAUUCUUUGAGUUUACAAGUUAAUCCUUAUUGGAGACGUGCCAAUUAUACAGUAGAAUAUCAUUAAUUUGCACUGUUUGGGGACCCCAUUAAGAAUGCUGAAUUUUGCCAAUUAAGAAGUAAGCAAAUGCAACUUAAAAAGUAAAUUUGAGCAUUCUGUAUUAAAUAUGUGCAGUUAUUAUCACAUGAAGAAGCGCAGUGUGUCGGGCUGUAAUAUAACCAUACUUGCUGUCAUGUUCUCCCAUCUCAGUGCUGGGAACUCACCAUGUGGAAACCAAGCAAAUGUGUUGUGCAUCAGCCGGCUUGAGUUUGUUCAAUAUCAAAGCUGAAACUAGCGAGGUCUGCUGUACUGCUUAUUGAAGUAUUGUGAUUCUUUUAGGCAUUGAUUCUUACAAAAUAUAUACUGUAACAGUAUACUUUGUACAGAUUUAAAUUUUAUUUGAAAAAAUGAAAUAAAGUAGGCAAAAAAAUAAAGAUGUUUAUUUUUCAUGUGACUAUAUAAACA